AUGGGUCUGUUCGCCAGUUUUCUCGCAGCCUUUUGCGAGCAUUGCUCGACCCAGUCAAUCUACACUUUGGCUAGCGUUGGGGUACUGUCCUUCGUUGCGCUAUCGGUCGUGAUCAAUGUCUUGCGCCAAUUAUUCUUCAAGAACCCCCAUGAGCCUCCUGUGGUCUUCCAUUGGUUCCCCUUUUUUGGAAGCACCAUCAGUUAUGGCAUGGAGCCAUAUAAGUUUUUCACCAAGGCCCACGCAAAGUAUGGCGAUAUCUUCACCUUCGUGCUUCUUGGCAAGAAGACCACGGUCUACCUAGGCACCAAGGGCAACGAGUUCAUCCUCAAUGGCAAACUUCGUGAUGUGAACGCCGAAGAAGUCUAUUCCCCUCUCACCACCCCCGUGUUCGGCCGUCAUGUCGUCUACGAUUGCCCCAACGCUAAGCUCAUGGAGCAAAAGAAGUUUGUGAAAUUCGGUCUCACCUCCGAGGCCCUUCGGUCUUAUGUUUCCUUGAUCGCCAAUGAAGUUGAUGAUUUUGUGAAGAAGUCUCCCGCUUUACAAGACCCCAAGGGUACAUUCAAUGUCUCUAAGGUUAUUGCCGAGAUCACGAUCUACACCGCAUCCCGCUCGUUGCAAGGACAGGAAGUCCGCGAUCGUUUUGAUUCAACGUUUGCUGAAAUGUACCAUGACCUUGAUAAGGGUUUUGCUCCUAUUAAUUUCGUACUCCCCUGGGCUCCGCUCCCGCACAAUCGCAAGCGCGAUGCUGCACAGAAGAAAAUGGCCGAGACAUACAUGGAUAUCAUCAAGGAACGUCGCGCAGCUGGUGACAAGAAAGACUCCCAGGACAUGGUUUGGAACUUGAUGUCGUGCACUUACAAGGACGGCACACCAAUUCCUGACGAAGAAAUUGCCCACAUGAUGAUCGCUUUGCUUAUGGCUGGUCAGCAUUCUUCGUCAUCUACCGCGGCUUGGAUAGUUCUGCGCCUAGCCACCUGUCCUGAGAUCGUGGAAGAGCUCUAUCAAGAGCAGCUCAGGGUUUUGGGCUCCGAUCUGCCUCCACUCACCCACGAAGGUCUUCAGAAGCUUGACUUGCAUAACAAAGUGAUCAAGGAAACUCUCCGUAUUCACGCUCCUAUUCACUCAAUCAUUCGCGCUGUCAAAAACCCGAUGCCUGUGGAAGGUACUUCUUUCGUCAUUCCCACCACUCACAAUGUCCUAUCCUCUCCCGGAUUUUCUGCCCGCUCUCCAGAGUUCUUCCCGGAGCCUCUGAAAUGGAACCCCCACCGUUGGGAUGAGGCCGAGGCGCCCAAGGAUGAAGAUGAGGAGCAAAUCGACUAUGGCUACGGACUUGUCACCAAAGGCACUAACAGUCCCUAUCUGCCCUUCGGUGCUGGCCGUCAUCGUUGCAUUGGUGAGCAAUUUGCCUAUGUGCAACUGGGUACAAUUAUGGCUGCAUUGGUGAGACAUUUCAAGUUUUCCAACCCUAGCGCUGAGACACCGUUCCCCGAGACAGACUAUUCGUCCCUGUUCUCCAAGCCUUUAGGUACGUCCUUUGUUCGAUAUGAGAAGCGCGGAGUCAAAGCAUGA